UUUUUCAUUUCAGCUCUACUUAUCUCGGGCUUGGUGUAGAAGAUGCAAAGAUGCACUAGAAUCUGUCACUUAAUCACUGCAGAAACUUGGAUGAUCUUCAUGGAAAUGGUCUCCAUAGGAAACCAAACUAUUACUGAAUUUGUCCUUCUUGGUUUCUGUGUCAGAGCUGAGCUGCAUCUCCUUCUCUUUAUUGUGUUCACUGUCAUCUAUGUUUCCAUCAUCCUAGGGAACCUGCUAAUCAUUGUGGCGGUGGUUAGCUCUCAGAGGCUCCACACACCCAUGUAUUUCUUCCUGGCUAAUCUGUCCUUCCUGGAGAUCCUCUAUACUUCCUCAGUGGUGCCCAAAAUGUUGGAGGGCUUCUUGCAGGAGGCAGCCAUCUCUGUAGCUGGUUGCUUGCUCCAGUUCUUUAUCUUUGGUUCUUUAGCCACUGCUGAGUGCUUCCUACUGGCUGUCAUGGCAUAUGAUCGCUACCUGGCCAUCUGCUACCCACUCCGCUACCCUCUCCUGAUGGGACCCAGAUGGUGUUUGGGGCUGGUGGUCAUAGCAUGGCUCUCUGGCUUUAUGGUAGGUGUAGUGAUUAUAGCCCUCAUGGCCCAACUGAGAUUCUGUGGCCACAACCACAUUGACCACUUUUACUGUGACUUCAUGCCUUUGAUGAGCCUGGCCUGCUCAGAUCCCAGUGUAGCCCAGAUGACAACAUUCAUUCUCUCUGUGGUCUGCCUCACUGUUCCCUUUGGACUGAUUCUGACAUCUUAUGGCCGGAUCGUGGUGGCUGUGCUGAGAGUUCCUGCUGGGGUCAGCAGAAGGAAGGCUUUCUCCACGUGCUCCUCCCACCUAGCUGUAGUGUCCACAUACUAUGGUACUCUCAUGGUCUUAUACAUUGCACCCUCUGCUGUCCACUCCCAGCUCCUCACUAAGGUCUUUGCCCUGCUCUACACUGUGAUCACCCCUUUCUUCAAUCCUGUGAUUUAUACCCUGAGGAAUAAGGAAGUUCAGCAGGCACUGUGGAUGCUUCUGUAUGUUAAGCAAGCUGAAACGAAUGAAGGAGGAUGGUGGUAA